ACUUGCGAAACUUACAUUCACUUCCAGCAUGGCUUCUUCCAUCGACGGUGAAUCUUCUGUUGCCUCCAACGUCGACCCGCGCCUCGAGUUCAUCCAGUCGGCCGGCCAUGGUCAGCUCCCUAUCCGCGUCUCGUUCGAGCACCGCAAGGUCGGCUGCGAGGGCGAGGCUGCCAUGAGCUACCUGCCUCCCAAGCGCGGCACCGACCUUCCGCCCGAGAACUUUGUUCUCUUCAUCCUCGGUAACCCCGCCCUGCUCGACUACUACGACGACUUCCUCCUCGAGCUUCACAACAAGGUCCCCGACUCGUAUGCCGUCCUCUGCACUUCGCACGUUGGCCACGACCCGUCCGUACCGCCGCCCCCCAAGCCCUUCGACAUCUACCAGACUCUCGAGACCAAGAUCGAGCUGGUCGGUGCUCUCCAGCAGUCUCUCAACGCAUGGCACGCCGAGGGUGGCGUCAAGUUUGAGCACCUCCCUCCUCCUCGCUUCACCCUCAUGGGCCACUCGGUCGGCGCCUGGAUGUGCUCUCAGAUGCUCGAGCGCAACCCCGAGGGCAUUCACGUCACGUACCUCCUCUUCCCGACCCUUGGCUGGAUCGGCAAGACCUGGAACGGAAUCAAGAUGUGGCCCGUUUUCCGCGCGCCGCUGCUCCAGGCGGGCACUGGAAUCGCUGCCAUCAUGAGGCCCUUCUUCCGCAUGGCCGAUGCCAACCCGACGACCCUCAAGCUCAUCCACGACAAGCCCACGAUCAAGAAUGUGCUCUACCUCGCCCGCUCCGAGAUGGACAACAUCAGGGCCCCCAACCUCACCUGGUGGCGUGAGGAGAGCAACCAGCCCGUCGGCAGGGGUAUCUACACCGUCUGGUCGGGUGGCAAGCUCGACCACUGGGUCGGCAACGAGGCCAACAGCAUCCGUGAGGCUCUCGGCCCCGAGCGCUCGUGGCGUAUCGAGGGUGUCAAGCACGCCUUCUGCCUGUACCCUGGCACCGCACCUGCUGUUGCGAACAUCGUCCACCGUCUCAUGGCCAUCGACGUCGCGCACCCCGACCGCUCUCCUAUCGGCCCCGCCAUUAACCACCCCAACGAGCUCUCGCACCACCACGUGCGCGCUCACGACGCCAACCAGGCUCAGGAGCCCGUGGACGUUGUGGUGGCUCCGGCCCCGGUCGACCCCGUUGUUGAGAAGCAAGCCCAGCGCGAGCAGUACUAUGCCGCCCAGCAGCAGCAGGAGGCUGACGUGGUCGCCGAGGAGCGCGAGAUUGAGUUCGAGCGCGAGGUUCGACUUGAGGAGGAGUACGACGCCGCCCACAACCCCGAGGCCGUUGUCGUCACCGAGCGCGAGGUCCUCCAGGAGGAGUACUACGCGGCGCAGCAGCAGCCCGACGAGUACGAGGAGGGCACCUACGAGCACGUCCCCAACGGCGAGUACCAGAGGGAUGACGACACGUACCAGCCACCUGGCGGUUACGAUGAGCCCGUGAUCAACCCCCCUUACACCGACAAGAAGGCUCCGUACAUCCAGACCAACAUUGUCGCCGACAAGCUCCACCAGGAGAAGGCUCUGCAUGAGAAGGCUCUGCAGGAGAAGUCUCUCCAGCACGAGAAGAUCCAGCACGAGGCGCUCUCGCGUCCUGCCUACAACCAGACCGACUCGCAGCCCGACAUCAACGAAGCCCACGUCCAGCGCCCUUACCUCGUUGUCUAAAUCGCCCUUUGUGCCCAUGACACGCGCUCCAAGUCGUGACUGCCCAAAGUUGUACAGCAAACUGCUUAUACUACUACUGUUUUGAUAAUGUGACUCGUUAUAGCCCCGCCUGACAUGCACGAAUACCGUAC